AUACUAGGCAACUGGUACACACUAGUCGUCACGUCGCUAUAAGUAGCAGCUUGCACUGGCGUUGUCCCUAUCAUUCUAUCCUCGCAAAGAGAAUAAGAAGAUCUAUCGAGCGGGCAAGAAGAAGAAGAGGAAAUGGUCGGCGGCGAGGGGGCCGCGGCGGUGAUGUGCACGCCGGCGUUCGCGGGGCGGGUGCUGCGCAGCCGGUGGUACGUGGUGUUCGCGUCCAUGGUGGUGAUGGCGGCGUCGGGGUCGACCUACAUCUUCGCGCUCUACUCCAAGGAGCUGCGGUCGGUGCUGGGGUACAACCAGCAGACGCUCAACACGCUCGGCUUCUUCAAGGACCUGGGCACCAACGUCGGCGUCGUCUCCGGCCUGGUGCAGCAGGUGGCGCCCACGUGGGCCGUGCUCCUCAUCGGCGCCGGCAUGAACUUGGCGGGGUACCUCAUGGUGUGGCUGGCGCUGACGGAGCGCACGGCGGCGCCGCCCGUGUGGCUCAUGUGCAUCUACAUGUGCGUCGGCGCCAACGCGCUCACCUUCUCCAACACCGGCGCGCUCGUCGCCUGCGUCAAGAACUUCCCCGAGAGCCGCGGCAUCGUCAUCGGGCUGCUCAAGGGCUUCGUCGGCCUCAGCGGCGCCAUCUACACGCAGCUCUACCUCGCCAUCUACGGCGACGACGCCAAGUCCCUCGUCCUCCUCAUCGCAUGGCUCCCCGCCGCCGUCUACAUCUUCUUCGUGCACACCAUCCGCGUCCUGCCCUACCGGCGACGCGCCGAGGGCGACGAGCCCAACAGCAAGCCCUUCUUCUGCUUCCUCUACAUCUCCAUCGCGCUCGCCACCUACCUCCUCGUCAUGAUCGUGGUGCAGAAGCAGGUGCCCAGCUUCUCCCACGCCGCCUACGCCGUCGGCGCCACCGUACUCCUCCUCAUCCUCUUCCUCCCCCUCGGCGUCGUCAUCAAGGAGGAGUACGCCGCCGUCUCCCAGCUCGAGGAGUCUCUCCAGCACCCACCGGCAAUCGCCGUCGAGGAACCAGUAGCAUGCACGAAGAAAGAGGACGACGAGCCGUCGUGUGGUAUGAAGGGCUGCCUCACCAACAUGUUCAAGCCGCCGGCGCUGGGGGAGGACUACACCAUCAUGCAGGCGCUGGUGAGCGUGGAGAUGCUGGUACUCUUCGUCGUGUCCGUGUUCGGCAUCGGCGGCACGCUGACGGCCAUCGACAACAUGGCGCAGAUCGGCCAGUCGUUGGGCUACCCGCACAAGAGCAUCAACACCUUCGUCUCCCUCAUCAGCAUCUGGAACUACGCCGGCCGCGUCGGCGCCGGCUACAUGUCCGAGUUCUUCGUCGCCCGCUACAGGUUCCCGCGCCCGCUCGCCCUCACCGCCGUGCUCCUCUUCUCCUGCGUCGGCCACCUCCUCAUCGCCUUCGGCGUCCCACAGUCCCUCUACGCCGCGUCGGUGAUCCUCGGCUUCUGCUUCGGCGCCCAGUGGCCGCUCCUCUUCUCCAUCAUCUCCGAGGUCUUCGGCCUCAAGUACUACUCCACGCUCUUCAACUUCGGCUCCGCCGCCAGCCCCAUCGGCGCCUACGUGCUCAACGUGCGCAUCGCCGGCCGCAUGUACGACGCCGAGGCCGCCAGGCAGCACGGCGGGCACGCCGCCGCCGCGGUCGGCGACAAGAUCUGCAAGGGGGUGCUGUGCUUCAAGCACGCCUUCCUCAUCAUCACCGGGGUCACGCUCGCCGGCGCGCUCGUCUCGCUCGUGCUCGUGUGGAGGACCAGAAACUUCUACAAGGGUGACAUCUACGCCAAGUUCAAGGUGGCGCCCGUCGUCGCACCCGCCGAUUAUCAUGGAGGGGAAACGGUGGAGGGCACCGUCGUUACAGAGGAGGACGAGGCCAAGAAGCAGGGCAAGAACAAGAAACUGCAGGAGGUCAACGAUGACGAAUUCAAGUGAUGACUAACUAAUUUCGUUCGAUUAAAACAAUACUUAAUCAGUUUAGAGAAGAUGUGGAUGAACUGUACUGUAGUUUUCUGAUGUUACUCAUUGUCAAAUUAUUAAUGUGGUAAUUAAUACGGUUUCCAACUUUCCACGGCAAA